AUGCCGACCCCGAAUCACAACCAGCCAACUUCGAUCGCCGAGGUGAUCUCCACCCGCACCUGUCCCCCGGAGCUGGAUAGGGUCUCGACCUGGGAAGAAGACGUUUCGGAUUCCAUUGAUGGCGCAGAUGGCUUGGAGGGAAUGCUUUCACCUGCCAGCGCCAUCGCGCCCUCCGUCCUAAGCCGCUCUGACGAUGGCACCUCACUCUUGGCGACCGAUCCGCUUAGAGUGGAGAGGAAGAUAACCAACCCUGAUGAAGAUACAAGGCCCCCACGAUCUACUUCUCCGACGGACUCCUGCGCUCUUAUAGAGUCACCAGUGACGCCAUCCAACUCGUCGUUGCUACGUUAUGAGUUUUCAAACGUUCGGCUGUUGCCGAACCAUUCAUCCUCUUUUCUUCGCUCCGGUAGCAAAUUUGUCGGCACGCAACAGUCGGACCGUCAGGUAUACAACGUUGACGUAGAGAUUAAGCACGUGGACAUGGCGGAAUCUUAUUUGUGCGGUUACCUGCGUAUUCAAGGGCUGACGGAGGAUCAUCCAACCCUAACGACCUUUUUCGAAGGCGAAAUCAUAGGGACAAAACAUACCUUCCAGACUCGUAACGAAGAAUGGGGUGCGAACGAAAAGACUGAUAUACACCACUGGUCUCGAUUUCCGGCUUGGAAACCACUCGCUAGGCAGGCAAAACGGACCGAUUUCACAUAUCGUAACUUUGCACAGCGGGAGCAUAUAUUUAUGAGAUGGAAGGAAUACUUUCUUGUUCCUGACCAUCGGGUGCGAACUAUUUCUGGCGCUAGUUUUGAAGGAUUCUAUUAUAUCUGCUUCAACCAGAUUGAGGGUUCCGUGAGCGGCGUAUACUUUCAUGCUAAGAGCGAGCGAUUUCAACAGCUUGAGCUGAAACAUGUUGAGGAUCAUGGAUGUGCUCCAUCAGUCGAGUUCCGCUAA